UGGUAGUUUCCUUCGCUGGGGGCGGCGCCUGGGCGCCGGUGUCCCCGGCCGAGGCGGCCUCGCUGUCCUGGAAGGGAGGGUGAAGAGCUGCAUCCCGCACUAGGCGGCGAAAGAGCGCAGCGCCAGGCGGCGGGGUCCGGAGGCGCUCGACGGCUCGCCCCCAGCGCGGGAGACGGGCUGUGUAGUUGGGCCAGAGGAAGAGACCGGGAAACCCAGACGUGGAAGAGGGGGUAGUCUGGACUUCGCGAGCCCUGGUGGGGGUGGUGGCCCACAGAGCGCCCACCUGCCCCGGGCCCCCGCAGCGAGGAGUGGCCGCGCCGCCCGCCAGUGAGCCGGGCUCCGAGACCCGCGGGGGAGCGCGCGGGCGAAGGAGGGGCCGCCGUCGCUAACACGGCCGCCUUCAGCCCUUGGCUUCCGCGCGUCGGAGGCUGGCAAUUCCACGUUCCCCGCGGCGGCCGGAGUCGUGCGGGGGCCAGGCGGCUCGGCGGGCGCCGGGGCUGGCACCUAGGUGACCUGUCGUCCGCCCCUGCAGCGAGUCUCCAGUGGGCAUGUUUCAGGUGGGCAGGUCCAGCAUCCCCAAACCUGCCCCCCGCAGCCUAGAGGACCUGGACUCAGUGCAGCGUGUCCUGUUACACAGUGAUCUUGAGCCUGAAUGGCUGGACAGUGUGCAGAAAAAUGGAGAGCUGUUUUAUUUGGAACUGAGUGAGGAUGAAGAAGAAAGCCUCCUUCCUGAGACACCAACUGUGAACCAUGUCAGGUUCAGUGAAAAUGAGAUUAUCAUUGAAGAUGAUUACAAAGAAAGAAAAAAGUAUGAACCCAAACUCAAGCAGUUUACCAAAAUUUUAAGAAGGAAAAGACUUUUACCCAAGCGCUGCAAUAAAAAAAAUAGCAAUGACAAUGGACCAGUAUCCAUUCUAAAGCAUCAGUCCAAUCAGAAGACAGGAGUCAUUGUCCAACAGCGGUACAAAGAUGUGAAUGUUUAUGUAAACCCCAAAAAGCUAACUGUCAUCAAAGCCAAAGAGCAGCUCAAGCUUCUGGAAGUGCUGGUUGGAAUUAUUCAUCAGACCAAGUGGAGCUGGAGAAGAACUGGAAAGCAGGGUGAUGGAGAGAGGCUUGUGGUUCAUGGCCUGCUGCCAGGGGGAUCUGCUAUGAAGAGUGGUCAGGUACUCAUUGGUGAUGUCCUUGUUGCUGUGAAUGAUGUUGAUGUUACUACUGAAAACAUCGAGAGGGUUCUGUCUUGCAUUCCUGGACCUAUGCAGGUGAAACUGACAUUUGAAAAUGCAUAUGCUGUGAAAAAGGAGACAUCCCAACCAAGACAGAAAAAGACACAAUCGAACACAAGUGAUUUAGUCAAGCUUCUCUGGGGAGAAGAUGUUGAAGGUAUCCAGCAGAGUAGCCUAAACACUCCUCAUAUCAUUAUGUAUCUCACACUGCAGCUCGACUCAGAAACCUCAAAGGAAGAGCAGGAAAUUCUUUAUCAUUAUCCAAUGUCUGAAGCAUCUCAGAAACUUAAAAGUGUGAGAGGGAUUUUUCUCACACUCUGUGACAUGCUGGAAAACGUAACUGGGACACAAGUUACUAGCUCAUCCCUCCUUUUAAAUGGAAAACAAAUUCACGUGGCUUAUUGGAAAGAAUCUGACAAGUUGUUGCUAAUUGGCCUGCCUGCUGAAGAAGUUCCUCUUCCUCGGCUAAGGAACAUGAUAGAAAAUGUCGUCCAAACCUUAAAAUUUAUGUAUGGUUCUUUAGAUAGCUCUUAUUUCUCCAGUGCCUUUUGCCAGAUUGAGAAUGUUCCUCGUUUGGAUCAUUUUUUUAACUUGUUCUUUCAAAGAGCACUUCAGCCUGCGAAACUGCAUUCCAGCGCCAGUCCCAGUGCUCAGCAGUACGAUGCUUCCAGUGCAGUACUUUUAGACAACCUCCCUGGAGUCCGGUGGCUCACGCUUCCACUGGAAAUCAAGAUGGAAUUAGACAUGGCAUUAAGUGACUUGGAGGCUGCAGAUUUUGCAGAACUGUCUGAGGAUUACUAUGACAUGAGGCGGCUGUAUACAAUUUUGGGGUCUUCUCUAUUUUACAAGGGUUAUUUGAUAUGCAAUCAUUUACCCAAGGAUGAUCUUAUUGAUAUUGCCGUAUACUGUCGCCACUAUUGCCUGCUGCCUUUAGCAGCAAAACAAAGAAUUGGUCAGUUGAUAAUAUGGAGAGAAGUGUUUCCUCAGUAUCACCUCCGACCUUUGGCAGACUCAAGCACUGAAGUCUUCCCGGAACCUGAAGGAAGAUAUUUUUUGCUAGUUGUUGGCUUGAAACAUUAUAUGCUAUGUGUACUAUUAGAAGCUGGAGGUUGCGCAUCCAAAGCUAUUGGGAGUCCUGGACCAGACUGUAUAUAUGUGGAUCAGGUCAAAACAACUCUUCACCAGCUGAAUGGAGUAGAUUCUCGCAUAGAUGAACGGCUAGCAUCUUCUCCAACCCCCUGUUUGUCUUGUGCUGAUUGGUUCCUUACUGGAUCACGUGAAAAAACAGAUAGCUUGACCACUUCCCCUAUUCUCAGUAGACUACAAGGUACUUCCAAAGUAGCAACUUCUCCAACAUGCAGAAGAACCCUUUUUGGUGACUAUUCCUUAAAGACACGUAAGCCCAGUCCUUCCCGUAGCAGUGGAGGAUCUGACAAUGGUUGUGAAGGUGGAGAAGAUGAUGGCUUUAGCCCCCAUACUACACCGGAUGCAGUAUGGAAGCAAAGAGAAUCUCAGGGCUCUGAUGGUUUAGAAGAAAGGGGGACCUUGCUUAAGGUCACUAAAAAGAAGUCUACUCUUCCAAAUCCAUUUCAUUUGGGAAACUUGAAAAAGGACCUUCCAGAAAAAGAAUUAGAAAUAUAUAAUACAGUGAAACUGACAUCUGGUCCUGAGAACACACUUUUCCAUUAUGUUGCCUUAGAAACAGUGCAAGGAAUCUUUAUUACUCCUACCCUUGAAGAGGUGGCGCAGCUAAGUGGCUCUAUCCACCCUCAGCUAAUAAAGAAUUUCCAUCAGUGUUGUCUUUCCAUUCGUGCAGUUUUCCAACAGACACUGGUUGAAGAGAAAAAGCAAGGACUAAAUAGUGAAGACCGUUCAGAUUCCGCAAAGUCGGUGUCUUCUCUUAACCCUGUUAAAGAACAUGGUGUGUUGUUUGAAUGUUCACCUGGAAACUGGACUGAUCAGAAAAAAGCACCACCAGUUAUGGCCUACUGGGUAGUAGGGAGACUUUUUCUUCAUCCAAAACCUCAAGAACUUUAUGUCUGUUUUCAUGACUCAGUCACAGAAAUUGCCAUUGAAAUAGCUUUUAAAUUGUUCUUUGGGUUAACCUUGUAGCUAUGCUUUCUUGAUGUGUAGAAAUACAUGCAUAGAGGAUUAAACACUGUCAGAAUUGCUGAAAUCAAUACAAAAAGAGAUAAAAUUUAGCUUCUUUUUACUUUUCAAUAUUGAACAUAAUAUUGUUAAAUAUUGAUAUGAAAUGCUGUUGGAUUUGAUAUGUUAAAUCUUAAUUUAAUAUUGUAAGACUUUUGAGAAUAUACUUGAUCAAAAUGUGAAAGAAGGGAUUAACUUAUUGCUAUUUUGAUAUAUAAUGUUUAUUUAUUGACUAGUUUGAAAUAAUGUGAAGUUUUUUAUAUAAGAUUAAUAUAGGAAAUGUUUACUCUUGAAAA